GUCAAAAUGCAUUUUCAUAUAAAAAACGGGAUAAUUCAUAUUCAUCAACUUCUAAAUCAUUAUGUUCAUCAUAUUUUGUUGAACCGUUGGAUUGGAUACUUGAAGGAGAGAAACAAAAUGAUAAGGAAGAAGGCGAAUUAGAUGGAAAAAUUAAGUGUCCAAAAUGCAAUGCAAAAUUGGGAAAUUAUAAUUGGGCAGGGAUGCAAUGUUCUUGCGGCACAUGGAUAACACCGUCAUUUGCUAUUCAUCGUGAAAAAGUUGAUGAA